UUUGACCUCGACCAUGACGAAGACGGCACCGUACGGCACUUGGACCUCGCCUAUCACCACGGAUGUUCUGCUGAAGGGUGGAGCGAAGACCGAUGAGCUCUUCGUGGAUCCGGUCACCUCGACCAUCUACCACAUCGAGCAGCGCGCGAACGAAGGCGGCCGGCUCGUGAUAGUGGACACCGAGAAAGGUGUGGAUGUCUUUGGCGAAGGAUGGAAUGCGCGCAACGGAGUGCACGAGUACGGUGGAGGACAGGCUGCGGCAUACGACGGCGUGAUUUACUUCUCGCACUUCAAGGACAGCCGCGUAUACAGGCUGAAGGAGGGCCAAGAACCGGAAGUCGUUACCCCGGAGAACGAUAAUCACCGUUAUGCAAAGUUCACAGUGCAUCCUACCCAGCCUCACUUGCUCGUCUCCAUUCGCGAAGACCACACCAUCCCGGAGCCAUCAAAAGUCGUCAAUACUCUAUGCGUGAUCAACACCCAGGAGAAGACGGUCUCCGUACUGGUUGAGGGCGCCGAUUUCUACGCGGGUCAGUGCUUCACCCUGGACGGCACUCAUUUCGCGUGGCAGGAGUGGUAUCACCCGGACAUGCCCUGGGAGGGCGCAGAGAUCCAUGUUGCGGAGAUCAAGGCCGACCAGACGUCGCUCACGCUGAGCAACGACAAGCACGUCGCAGGCAAGCGCAUCGACAUCAGCGCCGGGUACCCUGUCUGGGCGUCCAACGACCUUCUGCUCUUCGUCUCGGACGAAUCGGGGUACCAAAAUCCGUGGACGUACUCGAUCUCCGCAGGAAAGGCGUCCGCCGUCCUCCGCGAGCCUCUCGCCGAAGAGUUCGCCGAGCCAAUGUGGCGCCCUGACUUCAGCUUCUGCGCGCCGCUCGACCUGGAGGGGAAGACGGCGCUCUUCACCGCGCUCAGACACGGCCGCAGCGUGUUUUACCUCGUCAGCCUCACCGGCGGAACGCUCGAGGAGCUCGAGAGCCCAUACGUGAACGUUGCAUCCCUGCUGCGCGUCACGCACGACGCUGUCGUCUUCCGGGGCCAGAAGUACGAUGAGUCCGAGCGCAUCGUGCUCGGAAACAUCAAGGACUACGCGAAGCCGAAGUUUGCGCCCGUGAACGCGAAGGCGGCCACACAGGAGCUUCCCUUCCCGCGCGCGUACGUGUCGGUGCCGCGCUCGAUCACGCUGAAGGUGCCCGCGACGAACGAGGUGGUGCAUGUGCUGUUCUACCCGCCCACGAACCCGGAUUUUGUCGCGCACGAGGGUGAGAAGCCGCCGGCGGUCGUGAGCGCGCAUGGUGGACCGACGGGGCGAGCUACGCCGGAGUUGAACCUCACGGUGCAAUACUACACGUCUCGCGGCUUUGCGUGGGUGGACGUGAACUAUGGAGGCAGCAGUGGAUAUGGCCGCAAGUAUAUCAAACGUCUGGAAGGAAACUGGGGUAUCGUCGACGUCCAGGACUGCGUCGUCGCCGCGCAGCAGCUCUCCUCCGCCCCACUUUCGCUCAUCGACCCGCAGCGCAUGGCGAUCACUGGCCGCUCCGCCGGCGGGUACACCGUGCUCAUGGCGCUCUGCGCCGCCCCAGACGUCUUCGCCGCGGGCACGUCUUCGUUCGGCAUAUCGGACCUCGUCAAGCUCGGCGAGUUCACGCACAAGUUCGAGAGCCAGUACCUGACCAAGCUCGCGGGCGGCACCCCCGAGGAGGUGCCGGACGUGUACAAGGAGCGGUCGCCCAUCAACCAGGCGCACCACAUCAAGGCCCCGCUGCUCGUCUUGCAAGGGUCGAUCGACGCAGUCGUCCCGCCUCAGCAGGCGGAGCUGAUCGUGGCCAACAUCAAGGCGCGCGGCGGGCGCGUUGAGUACAAGGUCUUCGAGGGCGAGGGGCACGGCUGGCGCAAGGCGGAGAACAUCAAGACGGCGCUUGAGACGGAGUGCGGGUUCUACCUGAACGUGUACGGCCUGCUAUAGCGCCGGGGGUGACAUAAAGGAAGCGAUAUAUGAUGAAGGCACUAAGCAAUGUACAAAUAGCAGAUAACGGAGGGUGUAUGCAGUGCUAGUGAUAUAUAUGUACAGCGGGAUAGAGACGGAAGCCCA